AUGGCUCCUCUUCGGCGGUUGGCUCAACUCGUUGCAGAGUUGACUCCACCUCCCGCGUUUGUUGGGACUUUGAAGCUCGGAAGUAUCACCUUUGAAGUCCCUGCUUCGCUGACUCCUUCACGACUCGCUCGCACGUCGCAGCUGUUGGACAUUCAUGACCCCGUCAACGUCGAUAACCUUCAUUUCAUGCUGCAAAAGUAUCUGUUGGGCCAAGACAUAUUUCUUGUUUCCCAGCCAGGGCCUUAUGCGCGACGUUUGGCAUUGACUUUUGCAAGCGCUAUAAACUCCGAAUACGAAUAUAUCGCGCUUCACAGAGACGUUGGGGAAACGGAGUUGAAACAAGGGAGAGAAAUCCAGAAAGGGGGAAAUCUCGUUUAUGUUGACAGCCCAGCUGUGAACGCAGUUAAGCAUGGUCGACUGCUUAUUUUAGAAGGAAUAGAGAAGGCAGAGCGCGGCAUAAUGCCCGUUCUCAAUAAUUUACUAGAAAAUCGGGAAAUGAAUUUGGAUGAUGGAACACACAUUGUACACCCCUACCGAUACACACAACUAGAGGCAGCUAGUGACAGCACAGAACAACGGAAGAUCUUCAUCCCAGCGCACAAGAAUUUCAGAGUCAUUGCCAUUGCUGCACCCGUACCCCCAUACCCCGGAUAUCCUCUUGAUCCCCCGUUUAGGAGCCGGUUUCAAGCUCGUUUCGUGGAUCCACUGGGAGCAUUACUCACACUCAGCGGUCGUGCGGGGAGGGUUUCUUCGACUUUCGACAAACUACGAGAUAUCAUCCUUUCAACGCAGUAUGCAAGUGAGUCCAGGCAUGCAUUAGAAGCCAUUUCAAAAACGGAUCUUCCACCAUUCCCACAAACGGCGCUCUCAAAACUGCGUAGCCUGAUAAACCUCUUCCCUCCUCCCGAACCACUAGCUCCAGCGCAGCUUGCCCGACUCUUCUUGAUCAUCCACCCUGCGCUUAUUCACGCACCAUUUCAGGCCUGGGCCAUUCUCAGUCGACAGACCAAAGAGGCAGGGUUGGGUGAGCUCGGAAGCCCAUCUACGUCGUCAGCCGACGAACAAAUUGGUUUGUUUGGAUAUCAUCUGGCAUCUAUUGAGCGUGUGGAUGACAAGACCGUCCGCAUAACUUUCAAUGCUCCCAAAGACCUUCAACCUGUAUCCGUUCUGGUGCCUGCUGGUCCUAAGCAGUUGCGACCUUUUCCAUUCUCGGGACCUUUGGAGUUUCAACCCACAGUCAGAUUCAUGGGAUUGUUGACUUGCUUCCUGCAGGCGCACGUCCUUGAUUGGGACAUUUCCUUGAUUCCUCCUGCUCUUCCCUCCACCGCAUCUACAUCUACAUCAACCCUGGUGAAGGUCUUUGGCCAAUUGCUUGGGUACGACACAGAAGUAAUCCACAUAUUUAAAGAGCUAGGCGGAAGGGAGCUUGUUAUGCGGCGUAAAAUUGAAGAUGGAGGUGCGACUACUUGGGAACCCAGUGCGCUAAUUGAAGGUGCUUGGGCCGGGCGUCUACUGCAUCUCUCUAGCCUGGAUGUCAUUGGAUCGACUGCGGGUUCUCUAUCAAGGCUUUUUCAAGAUCGUGAAAUCGAACUUUGGGGUGGCAAGCGUAUAGUUGCUGAUGCUUCUUCAGGAGAGAUUAAAUCAGGAGAACUCUCCAUGGUCCAUCCAUCUUUCCGUGUCAUAUGCACAGCCUCGAAAUCUCUCCUCUUGAAAGAUUGGCUCUCAGAUGAACAUGCAAAUAUGUUUUUCCCUGUUCCUAGUCAACCCAUGGACGUUGAAGAGGAAACCAGCGUGCUCGUAGCUACGGGUUGUCCACCUGUAACCGUCGGUGUCUUGCUGUGCUUUGCAAAGAAAUACCGACAGAGCAUAUCGGCUGAUAACAUCCUCAAGAACCGUAAGUUAGGAACCAGGUCCUUGGUCCGGAUUGCUAGGAGAAUCGCAUUGUACCCUCGGGACGACAAUCUCAAUGCCAUCAUUUGCCGGUCACUUCUCGCAGAGUUUCUACCAGCCACGGAAAGAAUGAACCUUGAUAGUCUUCUUGAAGAUUCCAAUAUCCUCAAAAAACCUCCACAGUUCAAUCCUAGUCCAUUUGUAGAGGGUGACUACCUCAAAUUCCCAGGACCGAGUACCAACGGCGAAGACUCCUUUUCAACUUCGAUUCCACUAUUCAAUGUCACCCACGAUCCUGAGGGCGUUGCUUCUCAUGUUCCUCACAUGGAUCACUUCUAUGACAACAGCUUGCAGACUGGGUUAAUGAGGGAUCUGGGAAUUGACAUUGAGGUUCUUAGAGAGCACGUUGUCCUUUUGGGUAAUCAGGGAGUAGGGAAGAAUAAGAUCGUUGAUCGGCUUUGCCAGCUUCUUGGCCGGCCCAGAGAAUAUAUCCAAUUACAUCGCGAUACCACAGUCAACCAACUCAUGUUUACAACCUCGUUAGAAGGUGGCAUUAUCAAUUACACGGACUCCCCUCUAUUGCGGGCGAUCAAGUAUGGCCGUGUCAUCAUCAUCGAUGAGGCAGACAAGGCUCCAGAACACGUAGUCGCCAUUUUCCGCAGUCUUGCUGGUCAAGGAGAGAUGUCUCUGUCAGAUGGCCGACGUGUAAGACCCGUUCUAGAGAGGGAUGGAGAUAUUGUUGUGCAUCCUAAUUUCCGUCUUAUUUUGCUUGCCAAUCGCCCUGGAUAUCCCUUCCUUGGGAACCACUUUCUCCAAGUCCUUGGAGAGAAUUUUAGUGCCCAUUCCGUUUCUAAUCCAGACCAGGAAUCGGAACGUAAACUCAUUGGGCAGCUCGCACCAGAGCUGAGCGAAGAUACGAUACUUCGGCUUGUAGGGGCAUUCCACGACUUGCGGAAAGGCUAUGAAAGUGGGAUCUUGAAUUAUCCUUACUCCCUGAGAGAAUUGAUCAACUUGGUCCGCCACAUGAAAGCCUAUCCCGAGGACACACUGGGAGAAGCUCUUCGCAAUAUUUUCGAUUUCGAUAUAUACAAACCAGAGACGAUCGACAAACUUCGUCAGAUCCUCAUUCACCAUGGGUUGCAGGUUCCUCAUCUGGGCCUCGAUGCUGCGCGAGAGGCUGCAAAGAAAAAAAUUCAAGAUAUCGAGUUUACGCCUAAGGAAAUCAGUCUCGAUGAACCCAAGGAGGGAAUACACGACGACAAGGAGCAUUCAGGCGGCAAUACCUAUGCGGGUGGUACUGGAGGACGGGACACUGCUGGAAUGGGUGGUGUAGGUGGGUAUAAGCGUCUGUAUAAAGGUGGCGAUAUCAAACAGGUGCCCGACGCCAUGAAAGACAAUGUACCCGACCAUGUCAAGGAAAAGGCUCGUGAAAUGGCCCGUCAAGAGCUUCAGCGACGUUUAGAGGAAUUGAACAUGACCGCAGCUGAAGCGAAAGGAUAUGGCCAACUGAUAACGGCCACUCAGGCGCACAUGGCUUCUCUUCUUGACCUUUUGGAACAUCUUGCGGCGAAAGAGGAGGAACGGGUGUGGGUUAAACGUCAAACCGAUGGAGAACUCGACGAUAGUCGAUUGACGGAAGGCCUGACUGGAGAAGCUACCGUUUACAAACGUCGUGGAAUGGAAAAGCCUGAGCUUGGAAGACCCCAGAUCAAGCCAAAACGGAUCCGUUUUAUCUUUGAUUUGAGUGCCUCGAUGUACCGCUUCCAAUACGAUGGCCGCCUCCAGCGGAGUAUGGAAACAGCCGUCAUGCUUAUGGAAACCUUUGAUCGGCUCUCGCGGAAGGAAAAAUAUGUUUGGGAUUCUGGUGAUGGCCCUGAUAUAGCACUUGUGGAGGCCAACAAGCCGCCCACUGAAUUGAGGGAUCGCUGGAAGGUUGCAGAGAAGAUGUACAUGGUACCCCAAUACGCGUUUGCUGGUGAUCACACAGUGGAGGCUAUCGUGAAAGGUGUGGAAGAGGUUGCCAAGUACGAUGCGGAUGACUGGUUUGUCAUUGCCAUCACUGAUGCCAAUUUCGAUCGGUACGCAAUUACUGAGAAGGAAAUCACUGGAGCCAUGAAACGAAAUCCCAAAGUCAACACUGCCCUCAUCUGCAUUGGUGAGGGCGUUGAAGCAUCUUGGAUAACGAAGAGCCUCCCUGGUCGAUGCUUCCGAGUCGCGAACACUGGGGAUAUACCUACUGUUCUGCGUAGUAUCCUAUCCACGAUGGUGGACCGUUAG